GUUGUCAAGAGAGAAGGCAGUGGGACAGAGUCUCCGAUGAUAGGUGAUAAAGUGAUCGUCCACUACACAGGAUGGCUUCUUGAUGGCACAAAAUUUGAUUCCAGUCUGGACAGGAGAGACAAAUUUUCAUUUGACUUGGGGAAAGGUGAGGUGAUCAAAGCAUGGGACAUCGCUGUGGCCACUAUGAAAGUUGGUGAAAUCUGUCGGAUUACGUGUAAACCAGAAUAUGCCUAUGGCUCAGCUGGGAGCCCCCCAAAGAUCCCUCCCAACGCUACGCUGAUUUUUGAGAUAGAGCUUUUUGAGUUCAAGGGGGAGGACCUCACUGAUGAUGAAGAUGGUGGCAUCAUCCGAAGAAUCCGUAAAAAAGGGGAAGGUUACUCCAAGCCCAAUGAGGGUGCUCUUGUAGAGAUCCAGUUUGAAGGCCGAUAUGGAGAACGUGUUUUUGACAGGCGGGAAUUGCAGUUUGAGAUUGGAGAAGGUGACAACUACGAUCUUCCUCAUGGUCUGGAGAAAGCAAUCCAAAAAAUGGAGAAAUCAGAGGAAUCUGUGUUCUAUCUCAAACCCAACUAUGGUUUUGGAAGUGCUGGGAAGGAGAAAUUUCAGAUCCCUCCAGAUGCAGAGCUACAGUAUGAAGUGAAACUCAAAAGCUUCGAAAAGGCUAAGGAGUCUUGGGAAAUGAACACGGACGAGAAGCUGGAACAAAGCUGCAUUGUGAAGGAGAGGGGCACUCAGUACUUCAAGGAGGGGAAAUACAAACGGGCAGCUCUACAGUACAAGAAGAUUGUGUCAUGGCUGGAGCAUGAAUCGGGACUCUCUGAUGAGGAGGAUGCAAAAGCCAAAAGCUUGAAGCUUGCUGCCCACCUUAAUCUAGCUAUGUGCCAUCUCAAGCUGAAGGAAUACUCUCAGGCUUUGGAGAACUGCAACAAGGCACUCGAAUUGGAUAGCAACAAUGAAAAAGGUCUCUUCCGGCGUGGAGAAGCACACUUGGCUGUCAAUGACUUUGAAUUGGCCCGGGGAGAUUUCCAGAAAGUGAUACAACUUUAUCCAAGCAACAAAGCUGCCAAAGUGCAACUGGUAACUUGUCAGCAAAAAAUCCGGGAGCAGCAUGAAAAAGAGAAAAAGAUGUAUGCCAACAUGUUCCAAAGGCUUGCAGACAAAGACUUAAAGUCAGCUGCUACUCUUCAAACCAGCCACACCGAAGAUGCGGAAAUGAAAGACGAGCAGAACGGAGUUGAAGAUAAAUCAGAAGUUGACACAGAGGCAUAAAACCAAACCCUGUUCCAUUAGUUUUGUAAAUGAAAGAAUUUCCAGUGAAUUAGACCUUUAUUUUUCUACCUGGUUGGACAGUGGCUUCAGGGGAGCAGAGGCUGAAGCCACCACGCCACUGUCAGUACCUGUUGAAGAUGAUGAGUGGCAGCGUAUUUCUGGUUUAAUCCUAGGGACUUAUUUAUUCAUCCAGCCUCUGUUACUGUUGGGCUUCUGUCUGGGUUUACUCUGCUUGAUUUAUUUGCGUUUUGCCGUUGAUGUUUGUCUCUUUCUGGUUCCAGCUCACUUUAAU